AAAAAAAAAAAAAAAAAAAAAAAAAAAAAAAUCAACGUCCUAUUCUUCGCCUCUGGUAGGCGCGAAGUAAGGAACGAGGGCACACUGUAACGUCGUCCUUGGAAUUAACGAUAAAUUAACGAAUUUACAGGGAGAUGGAUAAUUUCUGGAUCACCGGUGCCGUACGGGCCAUCAAGGCACUGUCGUACGUCUACGACCUAUUUACUUUCCCGGUCUACCUGAUUCUCCAGAGGCCUUGGGAGAAGCGAAAGGCCUCGCGUCGAAUCAAGGCGAAGCCAGUGGCCAAAGACGAGCACUCGAUUGUCUAUAGAAACGUCGACCCUAUCGGCCCCAUGCACACCCUCAUGGUGAGACAACAAAUCGACACGCUCGAGGCGAUGCUCAAGUGGGUGGCCGGCGUGCAUGGGAGUAAAAGGUGCCUCGGCACUAGACAAAUACUUGCCGAGGAGGACGAGCUCCAGCCGAACGGCCGAAUCUUUAAGAAGUAUAAAAUGGGCGAAUACGAGUGGAAGAGCUUCGUGGAGGUCGAAAGCCUGGCGGCGUCCUUCAGCCGCGGCCUGAACGAAUUGGGCCUGACGGCGCGCAAAAACAUCGUCGUCUUCGCCGAGACGAGAGAGGAGUGGAUGAUCGCGGCACACGCCUGCUUCAAGCAGAAUCUCACGAUCGUUACGAUCUACUCGACUCUCGGCGACGACGCCAUUGCCCACGGGAUCAACGAGACGAAAGUCGACACGGUCAUUACGAGCCACGAGCUGCUGCCGAAAUUCAAGAGACUCCUACAAAAAGUACCUGAAGUUAAGAAUAUUAUUUAUAUGGAGGAUCAGCUGAAGAAGGCGGACACCAAGGGCUACAAAGAAGGUGUCCGGCUACUCCCCUUCCAACACAUUAUCAAAGUUGGGAGCGCAUCGAGUGCUGCGUCGGUAUCGCCAAGUAGCGAAGAUACCGCUAUCAUAAUGUACACAUCAGGUUCGACCGGCGUACCCAAGGGCGUUCUCCUCUCCCAUAAAAAUGUCAUUGCCACGUUGAAGGCGUACUGCAACGCCGUUGUUAUAAAGAGCGACGACGUUUUCAUGGGAUACCUGCCUCUGGCUCAUGUUUUCGAGCUCUUGUCCGAGAGCGUUUGUCUACUGAACGGCGUGCCGAUUGGCUACAGCUCGCCCUUGACGAUGAUCGAUUCGAGCAGCAAGAUCCAGAAGGGCUGCAAGGGUGACGCCAGUGUUUUGCAUCCAACGUGCUUGACGUCGGUGCCGCUUAUUUUGGACCGGAUAUCGAAAGGCAUCAACGAGAAGGUCAAAAGGUCGGGACAAUUUCGCCAGGCGAUCUUCAAUUUCGCUUACGAGUAUAAAUUAAAGUGGACAAAGCGAGGCUACGAUACGCCGAUAUUUGACAGGCUGAUUUUCGGAGCGGCGAAGCAAGUUUUGGGCGGCCGCGUGAGAUUGAUUCUUUCGGGCGGCGCUCCCCUCAGCCCAGAAACGCACAUGCAAGUGAAACUCUGCCUAUGCGUGACCGUGACCCAAGGUUAUGGCUUAACCGAAACAUGUUCCUGCGCAACCGUGAUGGACCCCUAUGAUAGGAGUACGGGACGAGUGGGUGCUCCUACAACCGUCUGCGAUAUAUCGUUAGAAAAUUGGGAAGAAGCCGGUUAUAAAGUAACGGAUAUUCCUAAUCCUAGAGGCGAGAUAGUUAUCGGCGGAGACAACAUAUCAGCCGGAUAUUACAACCUUUUCGAUAAGACCAAAGAAGACUUCUUCUUUAAAGAUGGAAAACAGUGGUUCAGAACGGGAGAUAUUGGUGAGGUUCAUCCCGAUGGAGCUAUUAAGAUUACCGAUAGGAAGAAAGAUUUGGUGAAGCUUCAGUUUGGCGAAUACGUUUCGCUGGGUAAAGUGGAAUCCGAAUUGAAAACGUGUCCUUUGGUUGACAAUAUUUGCGUCUAUGGAGAUGCCAAUAAAAAUUAUACGGUAGCUUUACUUGUACCAAAUCGCCAUUAUCUCGAGGAAACUGCUUCUAAUUAUGGGAUAACAUUUACGUCAUUCGAAGAAUUGUGUAACAGCCCGACAUUGGAGAAGGCUGUGUUGGAAGCACUAGUCGAUCAUUCGAAAAAGUGUAACCUGCAGAAGUUUGAGAUACCAGGGGCUGUGAAAUUAGUUCCAGAAGCGUGGUCACCCGAUAUGGGACUCGUCACCGCAGCAUUUAAGCUCAAGAGAAAAGCAGUACAGGAGCGUUAUAAGCACGAAAUAAGCCGUAUGUAUGCGUCGUGAUGAUAAUGGCUUAAGGUUACGAAUAAAACUAGAGGCGAACUGAGUGGGCAUUCAGUUAAAAUUUGCAUCGAAAGAGCUGAUUUUGUGAAAAAUGACAUCUUAAAAAUGCGUAUUAAAAAUUGUAUUACAAGUGUUUACGCACAAACGGAGAGAAGUCUUUUUUGUCUAUCU